CCUGUGUCUAUUCCACCACGGUAAACAUUUUAGCAAGUUCGAACUUUAAAACUGCGAUCUUAAAUUAAAUUUCGAAUUUUGUGUAUUUGGCUUGUUAGUAACGACAAUAUAAAUUUAUCUACUAUGUCGGAAAACACACCGGAAACCUGUGUCAGAUGUAAAAAUUCCGUAAAAACAGGCUUGAAAUGUAUCAAAUGUGGUAAACUAUCCCAUUCUUGCUGUUUAAAAUUAAUUAGAAGUGCCAAAUUUUUGCCAGAUGGUACAGUUAUUUGCUGUGACAGUACUGUUGACACCGAAAAAAAGAAGUCUGUCCUAAAUGAAAAACUGGUGGAUGUUUCAGCUGAGACGGAUAAAAUGAAAAUCCAUUACCUAGAAGAAUUAUUGAAACAAAAAGACCUAACCAUAAAAAAACAAGAAGAACUGGCAGAUCAGAAAGAUCUAACCAUAAAAUGCUUGGAGACAGCGCUAACCUCUCUAAACGAGCAAAUUGACUUACUAAAGGAAGCUAGAGUGAAAACAGUUGCAAAUAAUGCAGACAAUUCGAGUUUUGCAAAUGCUCUAAAAUUGGUCAACAAUAAUUCAUCGACUGCAACAAAACAGUCCCAUCCUUCGAGUAAUAAUACACAAAUUUCUCCGAAUAACCAACUAAAUCGGAAAAUUACCCCAUCAGCACUUUCAUCUGCAGUUCAUAUGGCUAAUGCUAACACUGUUUGUAAUGAAAUUAUCAAUCUUAAUCAUAACGUAAAUCCGGGAAAUAACAGGAGUCAUAAUCAAUCUGGUAAUAAGAAAAGAAGACCUAAUCUUCUGGUAGGCAGCAAUGAUGAUGCCAACACCUGCCCAUUUAAAGCUGCCGCACCCCGUAUAGUCAAGGAAUUUUACGCUACAAAUUUUGAGCCCGAUGUUGAUGUCGAAGAACUAGACAAAUACAUAAAAAGUUUUGCUCCAAGUGCCUUGGUGGAAAAAUUGGAUUGUCGAUUUCCUGCAGCGUAUUCAUCAUUUAAAAUCACGGUUGCUUCAGGGGAAUCAGAUAAAAUUCUUGUGUCGGAAAUGUGGCCCAGUAAAGUGUAUCUAAACCGGUUUUUUCCAUCAAGGCGAAUUAAUUCACAAGUCAGAGAGUAACAGGACGGCACUACGACAAAUAAUACAGGACAAUUCAAUAAAUUCCAAAACUUAUUUGAAAAUACCAAACAGAGGGAAUACAACUAAAUUUCAAAACAAUUUGAUGACCUGUUCUGUUUUACAUCUGAAUGUCCGAAGUAUUGCUAACAAGGUUGAUGAGUUAAAUUUAUAUUUUAAACAGAAUCAAUACGAUGUGUUCUGUGUAAGCGAACAUUGGCUUUGUUAUGAUAAUCUAAA